AUGAUUUUAGUGCUAUUCUUUCUAUUAGCUGUUCUCAUUCUUAAUGUUCUUUUGUGGAAAUGGCUCAAAGCUUCAGCAAGUAAAACUCAAAGGCUUCCCCCAGGCCCACAAAGAUGGCCUAUUUUGGGUAACCUUCUACAGUUAGGCCCUUUACCUCACCGAGACUUUGCCGCACUUUGUGACAAAUACGGCUCAUUAGUCUACCUCCGGCUUGGAAACAUUGAUGCCAUCACAACAAACGAUCCUGAUAUCAUCCGAGAGAUUCUUCUCAAGCAGGACGAUGUUUUCUCAUCCAGGCCUAAAACACUAGCCGCGGUUCAUCUAGCAUACGGAUGUGGAGACGUGGCGUUAGCGCCAAUGGGUCCGCAUUGGAAAAGAAUGAGGAGGAUAUGCAUGGAACACCUACUCACAACCAAAAGGCUCGAAUCUUUUACGGUCCAACGAGCUGAGGAAGCUCGAUAUCUAGUACGGGAUGUCCUUGAAAGAGCCGAAUUCGGAAAGCCGAUAAACCUUAGGGAAGUAUUGGGUGCUUUCUCUAUGAACAACGUGACUCGGAUGCUCCUAGGAAAACAAUUCUUUGGGCCAGGAUCGUUAGUAAGCCCCAAAGAAGCCCAAGAGUUUAUGCAUAUAACUCAUAAAUUGUUUUGGCUGUUGGGAAUUAUUUACUUAGGAGACUACUUGCCGUUUUGGAGAUGGGUUGAUCCGUACGGUUGCGAGAAGGAAAUGAGGGACGUGGAAAAGCGUGUGGACAUGUUUCACACGAAAAUCAUCGAAGAGCACAAAAGGGCAAAACGGGAAAAUGUAGAGUAUAACGGAGAAAUGGAUUUUGUUGAUGUUUUAUUAUCUCUUCCCGGUGAAAAUGGUAAAGAACACAUGGAUGACGUUGAAAUCAAAGCUCUAAUUCAGGACAUGAUAGCGGCUGCAACGGACACAUCAGCGGUAACAAACGAAUGGGCAAUGGCGGAAGUGAUCAAGCAGCCCCGAGUGAUGCGUAAAAUUCAAGAAGAGCUCGAGAGUGUCGUAGGAUCAAAUCGGAUGGUCGAUGAAUCGGAUCUAGUCCAUUUAAACUAUCUACGUUGUGUGGUACGAGAGACAUUUCGAAUGCACCCGGCCGGACCGUUCUUAAUCCCUCACGAAUCCGUCCGACCAACUACGAUCAACGGCUAUUACAUCCCAGCAAAGACACGUGUCUUCAUCAAUACACAUGGUUUGGGCCGAAACACUAAGAUAUGGGCUGACGUUGAAGACUUUAGGCCCGAACGACAUUUGCCUGUAGACGGUAGCGGAAGAGUUGAGAUAAGCCACGGGCCGGAUUUUAAGAUAUUGCCGUUUAGUGCCGGGAAGAGGAAGUGUCCCGGAGCUCCGUUGGGUGUGACGAUGGUGCUGAUGGCUUUGGCUCGGCUCUUCCAUUGCUUUGACUGGUCUUCGCCGGAAAUGAUUGAUACGGUGGAAGUUUACGGGAUGACUAUGCCUAAGGCAAAACCAUUGUGGGCCAUCGCUAAGCCUCGAUUAGCAGCUCAUUUGUACACAUAG